GAGAGGUGUGGGAGGCGACCACGCGGAAGGCGGGGUCGAAACGUAUCCUACGGCUUUACAAAUCGGCCACGAGGUGUCUGGUCCAUAGUAUUUUUUCUUCUGUGUCCGUGGACAAGUAGAUGCCGUAGGCUAUCGCGGUGAGGAACCAAAAUACCAGGGCAGAAUUGUUGACUAGCCUACUUUGAGACAAGAAAUUCCGAAGAGUUCCGACAGUGGGAAGUCACCGCGCCUGUCGUGCACGAUUGCAGGCUGUGAUGGAGAAAGCUCCACUGCCUGGAGAUGAGCGGGACACAGGUGAGGCACAGCAGGCAGCCGUGGUGGACGUGGUGGCAGGUGCGGACGUUCCAGAGGCGGUGACGGCACGUGAUGGCUGGGACAGUAAGCUGGAGUAUGUGCUGGCCCAGGUGGGCUUCAGUGUGGGGCUGGGGAACGUGUGGAGGUUCCCAUACCUCUGCCACCAAAAUGGAGGAGGGGCCUUUCUGCUGCUCUACAUCCUGCUGAUGGUGGUGGUCGGCGUGCCCCUGUUCUUCCUGGAGCUUGCCGCCGGGCAGAGCAUCCGGCAGGGCAGCAUUGGCGUCUGGAAGUGCAUCUCCCCGAAACUCGCCGGUAUUGGCUACUCCAGUUGCCUGGUGUGCUUCUUCGUGGCACUGUACUACAAUGUGAUCAUUGGUUGGAGUCUGUUCUACCUGGGGAACUCCUUCCAGAGCCCCCUGCCCUGGGAAAACUGCCCAGUAAAUGCCAAUGGCACAGAGGUGAAAGAGUGCGCUGCUGGUUCGCCCACCUCAUAUUUUUGGUUCCGAAAAGCUUUGGACAUAACAGACUCCAUCAAUGAGACGGGCCAGUUCAACCCCAUCAUGACAGGCUGUCUGCUUGCUGCCUGGGCAAUCGUCUGCCUCGGCAUGUUCAAAGGAAUCAAGUCCUCUGGGAAGGUGAUGUACUUCUCCUCCGUGUUUCCAUAUGUUGUUCUGCUAUGCUUCCUCAUCCGAGGCCUGCUGCUCGACGGAGCCGUGGACGGCCUCAAGUAUCUGCUCUACCCAAAGCUGUCCAUCUGGCAAGAUGUGCAGGUGUGGCGGCAGGCCGCUACGCAGGUGUUCUUUGCGCUGGGCCUGGGCUUUGGGUCGGUCAUCGCCUACUCUUCCUACAACCCGCGGCACAACAACUGCCACCGCGACGCCAUGAUGGUGGCCUCCGUCAACUUCAUGACCUCCGUGCUGGCUUCUCUCGUCGUCUUCUCCGUGCUCGGCUUCAGGGCCAAGAGAAUCACCUUGAGCUGUGUUACACAGAAUCUGGAGCUCCUGCAGGAGACAGAUCGACCUAACAUCACUGAGCCUGACGUCUACAAUGAGUGGCUUCGGGUAAAUGGUCCCGGCCUGUCACUAAACCUGACCAACUGCACCAUGGAGCAGGAGAUGAGCAAGGGGGUUGAGGGCACUGGGCUGGCCUUCAUAGCGUUCACGGAGGCCAUGACUCUGUUUCCGGGCAGUCCCUUUUGGUCAGCACUCUUCUUCCUCAUGCUGCUCAAUCUGGGCCUGAGCACCAUGUUUGGCACCAUGGAGGGCAUCCUCACUCCGCUCUAUGACAACUUUGCCUCCCUCGCCAAGCGCAAAACCGCCUUUACAGUGUUCAGCUGCACAUUGGGCUUCCUCAUCGGGCUCCUGUUCACCCAGCGCUGUGGGAACUACUUUGUGGCCAUGUUUGAUGAUUACUCCGCCACCCUGCCGCUCAUCAUUGUCGUGGUGUUUGAGACCAUCAGUGUUGCUUGGGUCUACGGGGCGGAUCGGUUUCUGGAUGACAUUGAGAAGAUGCUUCACUGGCGCCCCCCGAAGAUCUAUAAGUACUUGUGGAAGUAUGUGUGUCUCUUCGCUAUGGUUGGGCUGCUCAGUGCCAGCCUCGUACGAAUGGUUUUGAAACGGCCCACCUACAAAGCCUACAACCACGAAUUGGCGUCUGAGGAGACUCUCGAGUACCCUGACUGGGCCCUGGCGGUUCUGUCCAUUCUCAUCGUGUGCGCCACUCUACCCGUGCCCGUCUGCUUCCUCUACCACACCCUCCGCGAGCACCUCGGCCAACCGGCCGGAGGGGGCGGGCCCUCCCACAGCGUGGUGAACGGCCACUACAGACCGUGCAGCACCAGCGACCCCGACGCCGCGCCGGCGGACGCUCGACCGAUGACCCGCGCCGGAUCUCCUCUCGCGCUGGCCGAGGACAACCAGGGGCUCCUCUUGGAGUCGGAAGGGGUGGCGGAGUCAACGGGGCUGUGAGCACGACAGCAAACACUAACUGUUGUAGGAGAAAAGGGAAGGCCCAGAUACGUUCAAAUGACCGGAUUCUGCGCUUGUAUGUGAACAUAAAAAUGAGAUUACUUGAUAGAUAAUGUAGAGGACUCGGAAAUGGGUCUGUUUACUGAACCGUUGGGCAAUUAGGCAGUUACAGAAUCUGUAAAAGGUGCCAAACUCUUGGCUGUGUCUGUGAAACCCUCUGUGACCUGAAGCCGAAUGUGCCUGUAGGCGCACGUUGGCAUCUCUGCCAGCCACGUGGGCAUCUUGGGGCUUUCCUUGCGUUCUGUUACAUUUCACAGUAGCUCCGAGGGUGCAGCCACUUGAAUUUCGCAACACAUUUCUUGGUCUUUACUCUUUUUUUUUCGUGAAAACAUUUCCAGAGCUGCUGUUUUUGGAGAAACUAGAUCUAGCUAUUCUCUCUCCCAGGUUUUCCUCUUUCCUCGAAGAGGCUUGGCUGUUGUUUCAGUGUAGCAUCUGAAGGUUGAGCGCUCUGCUGUUCCCAGGUCAGGUCGAACCUCCCCCCACCUCCCAGCUUGACUCCAACUGUGGGGGGAGAGAUGAAAGGUUCUGAUCUUUUUCCCUCUAUCUGAAGAGAUACAGUCAGUAUGUCAGUGCCUUCCACCAUUUCCUUUUGCUGUUAUUUUUCUUUGUUUCAUAUUUGUUUUAAUGUCUACACAUUUGUAGAUAUAUACAAAUAUCUAUAUUAACGUUUUAAAAAAUCAAUACCAACACGGAGACACUAGCACAGGAGGAAAAACUUGAACAUGGUCAUAUGCAGAAUCCCAGUAAUGUAAGUGGACAGGGUCAUACUCUAUAUAAGCUAUAAGAACCAGCCCUUAAAAUAUGUAUGGAUGUAUGGACACUAGCCAUGAACUUGAGCCCUACUCUCUCUGUCAUGUUAUUGUUAGUGUAGGCAACGCUACCGUUAAUGCUGGUUGAGUGGAACACAACUAUCAUGUAUUUAAAGAACCUUUUGGUGUGUGCAUUGAACAACAUUUUUAACAACUUGGAUGAUUUUCUAAUACUUUAAUAGAUGUUGUAAUUGUUGUUUUUGUUUCUAAUGAUCUAGUAUUACAUAUCACUAGUCAAGAUCUGUGGGUUGAAACUCAACCGGGCCAAAAAACAAUGUGCUGAAAGAAUGAACAGAAGCGAACUGAACCAUAACUGGACUGAAGAGGAUGUUUGUCUGAAUGUGUGUCAGAAGUCUGUAAUGUGAGUUGAAUUGAUGAGUUGAAUUGAUCAGAAUGUAUAUUGUGUAUAUUUUCUGGCCUUGAUUCAGUGUCUCAUUUUAAAUUAUUUUCAAAACUAAGUUAAAAGGGUUGCAAAGUGCUCUGUAACUUUUUGUUUUAUUUCUUUCUUCAUUUUUUAACAAAUAGAACAUUGAGGUAUAGAAUAACAAGAAUACCCAAAGGUUGGACCAUGCAGUAAAGAUAUGUACAUAUGUUGCUGUUGAAAUUUUGAUAUGAAAUAUUUCAUGUGCAUUUGUUUUCUAAUGUAUUAUAAUUGACAUACUUUGCUUACCUGAAAUUGGUCCUUUGUCAAGCCAGUUGUUCCUUUCAUUUCUUCGAUGUUUUUACAGUUGAGGGAAUAUGAUUAGCAGUAUUUAUCACAACUUAAAGCUUGUUGCCUUGCCAUAACUGAAGAGUUCAAAAUGUAAAUAUGUUCUGUCAUAUUUCCGUAUACAGAGGUGAAAAAGUUCAGCUUCAGAAAGUAAAGGUCCUGCCAUGUAGCUGUGUCAACCAUUCACUUAAACCAGCUGAUUCUAAUUAGCACAACUCUUCAGCCAGGGAGAGCAGCUAAUUGAUGAGACCACCUGUGUUAAGUGCACAGAUAGAACCAAUACACGAUUGGACUUUUACUUUCUGAAGCUGGAGUGUCCCACCUCUGCCAGUGUUUUCCAUGUAUUCUCAGUGGGAUCAUACAGUAUGUGAGAGGUCUCCCAGGUGCUGUGGAGAGAAGGGGCCAUUGUGGGAUUCCUGACCAAAUUCCUCUCAUCCAAGUGUCAGAUGGGCCGUUAUUGGCACUCUCAGGUCAAUGUAUCCCCAUCCUGCUUUUGUAAGAUCACUACAGGUCCUGGUUUUCUAUAUUAAAUACACUGAGUUU